CAGCCUUGCCCUAGGUUCUGCGCGACGUUGUCCUACUUUCUUGCAGGUGAUACGAAAGUCACACGGCCCACGUCCAAGUCAAGUGGCACCGCUCCGUCAUCGCCAUGAGUGCUUUUCCACCCUGGGGCAGUAGCGGCAGCCUGCCGACUGCCGCUAGCGCUGGUACCAACUCAUCAGGACCAGGUCCCGGCGCCAGCACAACUGCCCCUCGACCUGCAUUCAGCUUCGCCGUUUCCAACCGGGCUGGCACCAUCGCCAGCACACCGAUGCACAUUGCACCCACCAGUGUCGUCCAUCGUGUCAACCCGCCACUGGUCAUCGAAACGACGCUUUCCAGCUCCGCCCUACCCGCCUUGGGCCUAUCCUCCUCACAGGUUGGCCCUGGGCCGACUGGCAACGGCCAAGCCAAGUUGCAUCGUCUGCACCAAGUCGGCGUCUUCGAGCAUACAGUCAAUAACCAGAUCUCGCGCACGCCAAAAGUCUCCACAUGGUCCGCCGUCUCCGCUGCGAUCAGCAAGGCGUGGGCUCUGCCGACGGACAAGUACAGGAUCAGCUUGAUCUAUGACGCUUUGCCAGCCCAGCCUGCGUCCAGUCACGCCUCAGAACAGCAGCCGAAUGCCCUUGGCGCGCGCUCAGCUGAGGGCUUGUGCCCAGGUUACGCUCAUCAGUCUGUGGCCUCGGCGUCAGCGAAUCCCGAGUCAAAGCAUCAGGAACGUGAAGCGGGUGAACAUGAUCGGAAGCGCAUCGUCAUUGAUACCGAGGAGGAGUGGACGCUCCUCUGGCACCUCUUCCCCGCUCAUCCACCCAAGGAGAGCAAUGACAACAAUAAUGCUAGCUCUCGUGCUGGCGGCGGACUUUUCGGCUUCCCGAAUGCAGCACCGCCCCCGCCUUAUAAUGCUAUGGGCAUCUUCUCGCCGACAGACUUGCCCAUGACGCCUCGCAAAGUAUUUGAAGUAUUUGUCAGGAAUAUCGAGGCACCCGCCACAGUCGCAUCGAGGCCCGGGACGGCAGUGCCAAUGGCUAAUCUGGCUCGAGCAGACACUUCGACGACUACCGUUCGGAACGCGCCUGCAGCAGUUGGUGGCUUCCCAGUCCAGUUGAAUUCCGUCCAGAGCGCCGGUGCAGGCUUACAGCACACACGAGCGAACCCGGCUGCUUUAGGCUCAGUCCAAGGCAAUCACGCGGCACCGGUGCACGUGCAGCAACCCAGUCAAAGCCCGUCUCAGGGUACCAGAAGUUCUUCCUCGCCACCGCCAUCCUCGUCGUCUUCGGCCGUCAACUUCAUCAACCUCGCAGACAGCAUGCUGCGUCUCGUGAGCGCAACUGCCGCCACACCUGCUGUCCAAGGCGUGUUGAUGCACGGUCUUGACAUUGUGAUACGUGCGGUUCAGAAUCCUAGCAGCCGGGCUACAGUGGGGCUGGGAGAUUCCUCUAGCGGGUUAAUGCCGCCCAGCAUUUCGGAAGCGGCGUCAAUGUCGUCCCCCCCGGUGGAGUCUCUGUGGGAGUCCUUCAGAACGGGUGUGCCACAGCAGCAGCAAGAUAGGCAGUGUUCUGCACCUUCCAAUGCUCCUGCCUCGGCAAACUUUGGCUUUACGACCACUCCAUCGGACAUACCUGCUUCAUCGCAGUCCAGAGCCCCUGUCCUAUCGAGUCAAUCCAUACAACAAUCGCAAUCGCAACCACAUCAACCGGAACAACACCACGAAGGCAGUGAGCACGUCAGGCAAGUGAACGACUACCUUGCCGAUGCUUGGACUCGUCGGCUCGCCGAGAUGCAAGGAGCACCAUCCGCAGAUGCUAGACAGAUGUAUGCCCAUGCUGCGGCCCGAGAAAGCGUCCAGGUCAUACCCAACGAUGCGGAAGAUGAUCGAAAGCAGACUCAAGGUGCUUCAGCCGCUGCCGCUGCGAGCGGAUCCACUUCUACCGCUUCCGAGACAGCCGCACAUACCAGCGCUGACAAGUCAUAUGAUGUGAAGCCCGCCCCAGCUGCAGUGGACCAGAAAGAAGCGGAGGCAGGUGACACCGAGCGGAUCGCAAAACUGAACGCUGGCUUGGAAGAUGCAUUCAAGCAGAUGCUUGCCAAAACGCGCAGCACGGCUGCGCCCUUACCAUACCACUCACACCACAUGUCGAAGAUGUCCGCUGAGAGGCCCUCUUCCUCCAGCGCAGCUCAAUCCUCCUCAUGCGCUACGCUUUCUGUCGACAAGGGCAAACCGCGCGAGGGAUCCGCAGCAGCAGGUGCUGCAGAAGAGGAGCACCCAUCUUCUUCUUCAUCUGUGACGCCCGACAACGAGGAAUGGAGCAACAAAUCCAACGCUGAAGGGGAGAACGUGAACCAAGGGUUGGGCAGCGCUUUUGAAGAGAUGCUCCGACGCAUGCGAUGCGACGCGCAACAUGACCCCGGCGAUCCAAUGCUACCGACCUCGAGCGGUAUCCCAAGCUACGGCCACCGGCCCAUACCCGCAAUAGCUGGCAUGCCCUACACUUCUGGCGCUGUGACUUGCAGCGAUGUCGAUGCAUCGGGAUCUAGCGCCGGUAGAGACACAGUCUCAGGCUUGAGCGCGCGUGGCGCUGACUCAUCGAACGCUUCGGAUGACAGCAAUUGGAUCGUUCUCAAGGACAACAGUAAGGAAGGCUCUUAGGCUACUCGACCGACUAGAUACCGUGCGAAUAUCGCUUCGGGUCUUCGAUUCUAAUGUCCCAGAACUUACGACGAACGCUGUGGUCUUCUUGCUCCCGUCGCGCCUCGCAUCACAUCGUACCGUCCCCCGAGACGACUUUUCACGCAAGUAUUUCGACCUGCAA